ACAGUACAUUUUAGAACUGAGUAAAGUUAGGGCUGAAAUAGAAGGAUUAAGAACCAGUUACAAAAAAGACAUCACGGUAUCAGAUGAACGACGAAGAAUUGAAAUGGAUGAUGCUAGGUCCAGAAUUUCGGCAUUGGAUUCGUACACAAAAAAUGCAUUGCAUACAUUGAAGAACGCUGUUCAAGAGGCGCUCGGAAGAACAGAAAACAAGAUAACAGAUGGUAUUAAGGAGGAGAGAAUGGUUUGGCGUCAAAAUAUGGAUUCUGUGCAAAAGCACCCCAAAGAACAGAUGGAGAGACUAGACCAAAGUAUAAGUAUAAUCGAAGACGAGGCUAAACGACUUAUCGAUGCUGUAGUGAAGAAGUUAGAAAGUGUUCAGGAUAUUGUAACUACGGAGAAGAGUACAAAUGAAGAAUUUAGAAAGGUUACAAUGUCAGGUGGGGUUCAACCCCCUUUAACCACCCACAUUCUAGACACAGCUAGGGGGAAGCCAGCUGGAACUGUACCAAUGGUUUUGUCUAUUCAGGAACAAAAUGGAGACUGGAAACAACUAGAAACAGGGACAACCAGCAUAGAUGGUAGAGGAGGAUUUCUUACACAGUCUACAUUCCGUCCUGCUGUAUAUAAACUUUACUUUGACACAGGAGCCUACUUCAAAAAGAACAAUUUAAAAGGAUUCUAUCCAUAUGUAGAGGUUGUUUUCCAGAUAGAAGAUGAGAAACAGCAUUACCAUGUUCCACUGUUACUAAGUCCUUAUGGAUAUUCUACAAUCUACAUACAGAGGGAGCUAAUGAUUUACAUAUCUGUUAUAACUAGACAAUCAAUGAAGCUAGAAGAUUAAAAAGAUGAACUGGAUACCAGUCAUAUAUGUUGAUAAAUUCUUAGAUGAUAAAAAUGUGUAAAUUUUAAAGUUAUUUAGGUACCAAUUCCCUGGGGGAAAUUUGAAUUGAUGAUUUUGGCUUACUCAUCAUCAACCCUAUAUAUUCAAGAUUUCUGUGAUCAUUGCAUAAUGUAUUUUUUUUUUUAUUAAAGUCAACAUAUUAUUUACAUUUCUGUGUGUAAAUUUAUUGAGAGCUUUUAAAAGCCCAAUGAUAUCAAAUGCAAAAGAUUAUACACCCACAUGUAAACAAAGCCCAAAAAUUAUCAAAACCUAUCUAGGCUCAACUUUACUUGAGUAGGUUUUGAAUGUUGUAAGCAUUAUAUAUUUUAGAAUUU